GUUCUUCCAUAGUUUAUAGUACGCUAAAACAGUAUGGCAGCCGAGUAGUCUGUCGGCUGUAAAGGAGUAUUUGCCAAUAUCAGCUAACGUUAGAGUGUCAAGAACGGUUUACAUUUCAUUUCGCACGUUUCUUCGACAGCAAGACGAUGCCGACGCUGCCAACUUUAUCCACCAAAACCAUUAUUGGAGCUACAGCUGGAGCUGUUGGUGCCGUUGCAUUGACCCCGCUGGCCCUCAGUAUGGCCGGGUUCACCGCUGCUGGCAUCACAGCAGGUUCUACGGCAGCUGGUAUGAUGUCCACAGCAGCUGUAGCUAAUGGAGGUGGUGUGGCUGCUGGAAGUGUAGUCGCUCUCCUCCAGUCAGCAGGUGCUGCUGGUUUAUCCUCCGCAGCAACAGCUGGUGUGGCAUCUGUAGGUGGCGCUGCAGGAGGGCUUUUAGGUGGAGCUGUUAAUUGGUGGAGAGGAAAAUGAAUACAUGUACUCAUUUAGGAGCAGAAGUCUUUUGUGUUCAAUAGAAACAAUAAUAAACUCUUAAAGUUUAAAAACAA